CCUUUAUUCUUUCCAGACUGGAAAUAUUGUUGUGGCCAUUGAGACCAUUCGUAUUAAAUAAGUAAAACUAUACGGAACACCGAUAUCACGGUUUCUUUUGUCAUAAAUAAAUAAUAAGCAAAUAUGCGAGCAUACUGGAUAACGUGUUUUAGUAGCCGGCUUUACUUCAAGUAAACACACCAUGUUCAGUAUGCCGGUUAUUAUAGAAUCAGUAGGUCCUGUUUAUGUUGCUCUUGAUCGUUUAAGAAUGUGAAGAAAGAAUACGUUAUCGAUUUGUGAGUCCAGCAUCAUAGCAUGUAUAGUCCCCGCCAGUAAGGCAGAAUAUUGAUUAUUUUCUGUAUAUGCUCAACUUCCGGUUCAGUCGAUGCCAUGAUUAAACAGCCUCGCCAGCUGGCCCGUGUGUCGUUAUCCGGGGCGCAUUUGCGAGGGAGAAUUUUAUGGAAUACAUGGAUGCGUGCCAGGAUAUGUACCAGCUAUGUGUUUUUAAAUUAGAUGCGAAUGUUGGCGUUGGAAAUGUAAGUAACCUGAUUUCUGUGACAUUCGAUCGGAAACAAAAAGGCACGCAUCUCAAACCCGAAAAUUUUGAAAACCGUUUAAGAAUUUUAUUUGAAAAUUGGAACCGAGUCGCUUUUGCUACGAGUGGAUCAGGACGGAUAGCGCUGGAAGGUGACGUUUUAAGUGUUUACGUAUAAGUACGCCCUAUCUAUGCAGCGUUAGAAACCGCUCACAGGAAUGGAGACAGCAACCGACCAUAACAGCAUUUCUGAUGUGGAAAUGGAUCUGAAUGAUUUAAUAAAAGCCCCUCUUCCGUUAUGCCAGGAACAUAACGAGCCAUGUGUUUAUUACGAUUGUGGCGGAAUGACCGCGAAUACUUUAAUAUGCACAAAAUGUCGAACACAUGGAAAAUGUUCGGGCGAUAUAAAAACCAUUACGGAGAUAGUACAAGAUACAAAGAAUGCCAUUCUUGGUCUGCUACAAACAGCAAAAAGCCAAUUAAACCAAGACGAUGGUCCAGUGCUAACGUCGCCCGAUUAUUUUCUGCCGCCUUCGCAAAAAGCGCUCAGCCGCAGUUUAAACACCGACACCGGUUCGCGUACGGUCUCCCAACGCCAGAAACACAUUACGAUCCACGCGGCCGAAUGCCGGCGGAACCGGUUGCGCUCCCUGUGCAGUGAAAUUAACAAGCAGUUGGAAGAGAAUUCCAUUGCAUCCAUAUUGACCAUUAGGUCGAAGCUGAUUCCUGAGUUAUACCGAAUGUUUCAUGAAUUCAGUCAUCCCGUUGCCAAAGUGGAAAAAAUGGCUGCGCCAAAUCGCACUUUUUUCCGCCGAUCCGCAUCCAACCGGCUGACGUCAGGGACCGCUGCGAAUUCAUUUGGGUCCAAUGAGCGCAAGGGAUUUAUUUGCGCCAUUACCAACGGCAUGUCGAAGGAUGGGCUUAUUAACGCGCUGCCCGGAAAAGAGGUGAAACUGCGUAUGUUCCUCUGGAAUCGCGAUGUGCGUGGCCAGCCGCUGCAGGCCGAUAAUCUCACUGUUACGCUAUCAGCGCCCAAGGAGUCCCCCGAGGACAGCGUCCAUCAUGAGGUCAAGCGCAAGCAGCUGCGGAGUGAUUCAUUUGAAAUCACAUUCACUCUGCACAAAGAGGGCUGGUACAAUCUCCAUGUGCAGUUGUCAGGCCAUCCGGUCAGCAACAGUCCUUUCUAUGUGUCCGUCAAGAGUCCGGUGAUACACGAGGAGGCCGUACGUGAGUCACUCUUCUCGGCGUGUUCGGCGCUGACUGCGCGGAUGAACGGCCGAUCGCCGUCACAGAAAUCGACAGGAUCAGAUGGACGACGCAAUUCUAAGCUGUCGGAGCUGGAUGAAGACAGCUUGGCUACUGGGAGUGUCGGCUCUUUUGGCAGGGAACCGGGACACUUUUUGAAUCCACAAGGAGUGUGUGUAACGGAUGAAGGGAUUAUUGCGGUCACCGACAGCAACAUUGGAUGCAUCCAGCUCUUUGGUCCCAAUGGAGAGCACCUCAAGAGAUUCGGCGAUCGUGGUCGCCGUCCUGGUCAGAUCUUUCGUCCGACCGGCAUCGCAUUUGUUCCGGCUCGUUUAAGCAAAUCCACUUCUCCCUGUUUCGUGGUGGCCGAUUAUGAAAAUCGCAGCGUAUUAGUAUAUGGUACGGAUGGACAGUUCCUAUCCAGUUUCGGAUCAGCCAAAUUGACUGGUCCCAAAGGAAUUGCUGUAGCCUUGAAUGGAGAUAUAUUGGUCGUGGAUAAUCGCUCAAAUAGUGUCCUCGUGUUUCGCAACGAAAAGCUGUUCAAGAAAAUCUGGUCGCCUUCGUCCACAGCUGCUCACUUGGCUGGUCCACACUAUAUUACGGUUUCGGCGGAGUGUGGCGAUAUCUUCAUUUCCGACUUCCAUCAUCAUACCGUUAAGGUCUUCGAUGCGAAUUACAACUACCGGUUCAACUUUGGGUCUUUCAGCGCUGAGGGAGGAAUGGGCUCGUUCAGUGGACCAACUGGUAUUGCGGUGGAUCAUCGUGGAAUUGUCGUUGCUGAUUGGGGAGGCGGGAGAGUUCAAGUAUUUGACAGUCAAGGCAGUUUUUCUGCAUACGUCACGGCGCUUUCCAAACCGCUAUAUGGACCGCAGGGGCUUACAAUUGGGCCGGAUGGACAAAUUUACAUUUGUGAUUCCGGUAACCAUACGGUUCGAAUUUAUCGUCAUCCCCUCGCUCAACUUUGACGCAAUAUUCCAGUCUCGUCGUUCCCGGAUUUGAUAAACCUCGGUGAAUGGAUGAUAAUUUGUUGAAUCGACAUAAUUAUAUAUCGUUAAUAUUUGUUAAUUUGUCGCAUAAUACAAACGACUGUAUUUAUUGAAUUGUUUUUCGAAACGUUGUCCCCCCCACUCUACUGCAUUUCGCAAAAUUUUAUGCAGUCUUUGUUUUAAUUUAAUUUUAUGUAUCGAGAACUUUACUUCGAUUUUUGUGCAGAUUACUUAAUAAACGCAGAACCCAAUAAAAAUAAAAUAACAAGU